CAUCGCAUCAUAGAGCACAACAAUUUCCUUACUUGCGAACCUCGUGUGUGAAUUCAUUUUUGACAAAACAUUGCUAUUUUUAACAGUGAAUAUCUCCCGUUUUCCCCCUUUUCCUUUCCCUGAACUUGAACCAACUCGUUUCGUGACCGGUUAAAGGGAAACAUUUGAGUUCAGAUCACUUUUCCGAGGCUCUGUUUUUGUUGUAAAAACGAUGGCGUACUACGGCCGAGGUGGUGGUGGUGGUGGCGGAGGCUCAUCGCGCGGCCGUGACAGUGGUUGUCCCACAGACGGCCGAAUCUACGUCGGUAAUCUACCUCCUGAUAUCCGUGACAAAGACAUCGAAGACAUCUUCUUCAAGUAUGGUAGAAUCAACAAAAUUGACUUGAAAAACAAGUCUGUUGGACCACCUUUCGCCUUUGUGGAGUUCGAGGAUAAAAGGGAUGCAGAAGAUGCUAUUUACUACAGAAAUGGUUAUGAUUAUGAUGGUUAUCAACUCCGUGUCGAGUGCCCUCGUAAUACUGGCUCCAGGGGCGGCGGCGGCGGGUACAGUGGGGGCGGUGGUGGUGGAGGAGGAGGUGGGGGUGGAGGCGGAGGUGGAAGGAGAGGCGGUCCUCCACCUAGGAGGUCCCAUUUCAGGUGUGUCGUGUCAGGACUCCCCUCCACCGGUAGCUGGCAGGACCUGAAAGACCACAUGCGUGAAGCUGGUGAUGUUUGCUACGCCGACGUUCAUCGAGAUUGCACCGGUGUAGUAGAGUACGUGAGUGAGGAAGACAUGCGCUAUGCCGUCAAGACCUUAGAUGAUUCAAAGUUUCGCUCUCAUGAGGGUGAUCAAUCGUACAUCCGUGUUAAGGCCGACUACAGCCGCUCCAGUCGUUCCCGAAGUCGCUCUCCCAUCAGCAAGCGACACUACAGCCCGAAGCGAAGUCCUCGACGCUCCCACAGUCCAAAGCGUCACUACAAGCGUUCAUACUCUAGGUCCCGAUCUCGCAGUCCCAGUCGCUCCAAAGGGCACUCCCACAGUCGCUCACACUCUCGCUAAAGUGAGGGACGACUGUGGGCCGGGAAUGUCAGGCUGAGCAUAGAUUUAGCUUAUAAUGGAGUGGAAGACUUAUCUUCACUCUUUCCUUCGCAAUUUGCGAAACAACUGGGAAACCAAGGUUGGUUUGACAAAAUAAGUUUUUUGAAGAAAACCAAGAACUUUACCACAUGUAGAACAUUAACCUAGAAGUUUAGAGUAUGAGUGCUUACAAUAAUGCUUAUAGAUGAAGUCUGAAAAAUACAAGGCAUCCAAUUGUCUGCUGUACCCUGGCUAUUGUGCACAAUUUUCUCUUACUUAGAAAAUAUAUUACGUUGUUGAAGAAAUCAGCAGAACUGUGUACGUAAACAUUUGCGCAAACUUUCCAUAAAAGACUUACAGUUGCCCCUCAAGUAGUUGCCAUUUUAUUAUGCUGUAGUGUUUGACUUGACUUUUCAAGAUAUGCCUUUUUUCAUUUUAUUUGAUAUUUCUUUGAUUUGUUACACCCCAUGGUCAUCACUUAUUGUUUUUUUUCACAAAGUUUUUUGUACAAUGCAUAAGUAAGAAUAAAUUAAUAUGGUUGCUGAAAACGUUUUUAAAAUAUUCCUUCAAUAUUCUUAUAAAAAUGGUUUGUUAAAUGUGCCAACAUGUAGAAGCUAACUCACUAGACAAUAAUCACGCACCAUCUGUUUUGAGAAGUAUCUUGUAGACAUUUUUAGUUUAUGAAUAGUUAUUCUCAUCAUGUCAAAGAGGGACCAGUCAUUUAUCUCAAAUUGGUUUGGCUUAAAAAGAUUCACUGCUCCUGGUUCCAGGUUGGGUUGUAAACUUGAGAAAACUGGUUUACAUUGCGUUUUAAACAUGUGUGGUUUUUGGCAUAUUUUCUAGCUGAUAUUUUACCAUAAUAUUUUGUAAGCUUGAGUUGAUUUUUGUUUUUUUAUUGGUUGGUGUUGGAAAUUGUCAAAAAGAAUACAGAAUUGAUAACUUCCCUGUGUGUUUAGUAAAAAUGUUGAUAAUCUGAUAAUUUUAAUAACAGCUGUAAAAAUGCAUGGGCUGCUUUUGAUGAAGUGGUUUAGAGUGGUAAUUUAGGAACACAAUAAUAAAACUGCAGGUAAAGGACUUUCUUAUGUGCACGAGUAUUGAAACAAGAAAUAUUAAACAAUUCCAUUUCAAUUAUGUUUUGCAUUAACCACCUGAAGAAUCUCUUAACCGUAUUGGGCAGGAAAAUCAGCAAAUCCCAUUGAUUUUGUUUAGUAAAUAUCUGCACAUGUAUCUAAUGACCACACGUUGAUUGCAUAAACAGUGCCUUAACCAGCUUUGGGGGAUUUCACAAAGAGUUAAAACUAGCCUUAAGUUUUUAAUAUCUCCUAGGACUAGUCCCAAGUCAGGCCUAACUCACUGUGAAAUCGACCCCAAGGGUUGUUUACCAAGGGGGUCAUUUCUCGCUGUAAACAAAAACAAAACUCCAUAUGGGAACUCACUCAAAGUGUUCGACUCUGAUUAUGAUGAUAUGUCCAUGAGAAAAUGUCAAAAAUCUGCUAUGAGGAUUUGGUAAUAAUCAUCAUAAGCUGCAUGCACUUUUAGAUAUGGUGUGUUUUUAUUGUAAAUAUUCUGACAAACAAUUGAUCUCCAGUUAAGAUAUUUAGUGUAUCUAACAUCUUGUAUUUUUUUCAAUAUUCUCAGUGUCGUAAGGAUGGACAUUCACAAAUUGGGAUUUCUUAGGAUUAUCGUUGGAAUUCAAGGAGUCCACGAAACGGAUUCUUAAGGAUUUUUGUUGUCAUGACGGGAUCAGGAAAAGAUGGCUCAGAAAAAAAAAUGGAGCACCCAAAUUUAGGAUGAGGGAUCCUACGGAGGGAUUUUCGGAUCAGGAUGAAAGGAUCAUGGAUUUGGAUCAGGAUUUGGAUCAGGAACACAGGAUUCCGGAUUUGGAUCAAAGGAUUUGGAUCAAUGGAUUAGGAUCAAAAAGCGUUUUGGACGAAUCGUGGAUGGAUUUGAUGGUAUGAUUGAAAUAAAUGUUUGUUGUGCAUUGUUUGAA